UAUCUCCUCCUAUUUUCACCUGUCAUGAAACCCACUUUCUGGGCAACAGAACAGUAAAACCCCCUUUUUUUACAGAGAAAAAUGGUGUUGAAGGCCUUUGUGGAAGGAGGCAUAGCCUCAGUAGUAGCAGGGUGUUCCACUCACCCGCUGGAUCUGAUCAAAGUGCGAAUGCAACUGCAAGGGGAGCUCAAUGUGGGUGCUCCAAAGGGAGGGCCGCUGGCUGUAGGGAUCCGUGUGAUUCAGACCGAGGGUUCCAUGGCGCUCUUUUCUGGGGUUUCUGCAACUAUGAUGCGGCAACUGCUUUAUUCGACUACAAGGAUGGGGCUUUAUGACAUCUUUAAGGAAAAUUGGAAGGAGAAGGGGAGUUCUAACCUUCCCCUGUUUAAGAAGAUCGCGGCGGGUUUGCUCGCCGGUGGCAUUGGGGCCGCUGUGGGAAACCCUGCGGAUGUGGCGAUGGUGAGAAUGCAGGCGGACGGACGGCUGCCUUUGGAGCAGAGGCGGAAUUACAAAAGUGUUGCUGAUGCGGCGGCGCAAAUGGUCAGGCAGGAGGGCGUCACUUCGCUCUGGACUGGUUCGGCUUUGACGGUGCAGAGGGCUAUGAUUGUGACGGCUUCGCAGUUGGCUUCUUAUGACCAGUUCAAGGAGAGCAUUCUUUCGCAUCAUUUAAUGGCAGACUUAUUCUGCUCAGUUCUAGUAGGGGACAUUACACGAUUCCUUCGGAUAUAG